CAGUUUUGGUAUUUGUCAGUAUUAAAAUGACGCAAUAGAAUGACACUGUGAAACGGGUGUAUUCAAAGGUGAUUAUUUGUUGAUGUGUUGAGAUAUAUGGCUUCAUUCAUUCCAUGUGGACCUUGUGGUCACGAAGGGAACACGCAGAAUGCAGAGAAAUGGUGCACGGAUUGCAACGAAGGGUUUUGUAAUGUAUGUGAAAAGGCACAUAAGUCAAUGAGAAUGUCGAGAGACCACAAUUUGAUCCUAAUCGAAGACUACCGUAAAAUUGAAAAUGUGAAUGUUUGUGUUCAAUGCGAGAAGCACGGGUCCAAACUGGAGAUGUAUUGCAAAAUACAUGAAAAGGCUAUUUGUAUUGCAUGCUUUCCAACAAAGCAUAAAGAUUGCUCCGACGCCAUAAUAUCUCUUGCAGAAGCAGCUAAAAAUGCAAAGACAUCAACUGCUCUGACGGACUUGGAACAUACAAUUUACGAAACAUUAGUAAACAUACAAGAAUGUGUUAAUGAUCGUGAGGCUGCAACAGAAAAAAUCGAAAUACAAGAAAAAAUCAUCAAGAAGCGUAUUUUUGAUACGAGGGAAACUAUAAAUAAACAUUUAGAUGAUCUGGAAAGAAAAUUAUUAAAUGAGUUGACAACAAUAUAUACUUCUUGUAAAUCAAACUAUGGGUCAAUACAGAACAAGCUAAAUGAAAUGGAAAAAGAAAUCAAACGCCUCCAUGAACAAACAUCUCAACUGAAACGUUUUGCUCCCGACAUACAGGUAUUUUUAAGUACACAUCAGAUGAAUAAAGAAAUACACGACGAGGUAAAGUCCAUAACAAAAACCUUAUCUUCUGUUAUGAAUUACAACAUAGAAAUAGAGAUACACCAGGGUAUUACUUCACUGUUGAAAGAUGUCGACUACUUUGCUAGAGUAAAAGUCGACGAAAGUACCAUCAACUGUCCAUUUAAGGAUUCAAAAAUCGAUCAAGCCCAAAUACAAGUACCAACAAGACAGCAAGUACCAACUACAAGAUCUGUUCAUAAUACAAAGCUAAAGCUGCGAGAGAAGAUCACAUUUGAGCAAAAAGGAAAGAAAAUUGAUAUUAUAGGAUGUGCAAUAUUGGCAAAUGGUAACUUAUUGUUUGCUGACAACGCUGGGAAGAACGUACUUAUGGAGUAUAAUGAAUUCGGACUUUUUAUCCGUGAUAUACCCGUCUCUGGAAAGCCAUGGAAUCUGACAGUAAUAGAAACUGAUCAAAUAGCUGUUUCUUAUAACACUCUGAAAUACAUCGAAGUUAUAGAUUUUACGAAAAUGACCGUUCUAAAAACAGUGACAUUUAAAAACAACUGUCGGGGGAUAUCAUACAGUGAUGGAAAGAUUUAUGUUGUAGUGCUCCGUGAAGGAAUCGUGGUGUUGGAUAUGGAAGGAACUACACUUGAUACAAUCCAGUGUGACAUGUCUGUGCGUAAUAUCACGACGAUCGAAGAUAGAAUCUACUACACAGUGCCUUUUACAAGUACUGUUAAAUGUUGUACUACAACUGGAAACAAUAUAUGGAAUUUUAAGGAUACAUCACUUAAUUCACCGGGCGGCAUUGUCACUGACAGUGCAGAAAAUGUGUUUGUUGUGGGUAUACUAUCUGAUAACCUUAUGAUAUUGCAAGAUGAUGGGAAAAUCAACAAAACAUUACUUACCAAAGCAGACGGACUAGACAAACCCUCACGCCUAUAUUACAACAAGGAAACGAACAUACUACUGGUGUGCAACAAAUACAACGGAAUUGCUUUUUUAUACAGUGUUAUGUUUGAUUAA